AUGCUGUACGGUGCUCCAGUAUGGGCAGACGAAAUGAGCGAGAAAGGCUGGACCGAACUCCUAAAAGUGCAGAGACGAAUAUGCCUGAGAGUGGCAUGCGGGUACUGCACGAUUUCRAGGGAAGCGGUGUCAGUCAUCACGGGCAUCACCCCUCUAAACCUGCUCGCUAGAGAAAGGAAACAAAUUCACGACCGGAAGAGGAACAGGGAACAAGGAAAACCGCAAGAAAACAUCCUGGAAACAUGGCAGACCGAAUGGGACACGUGCAAAAACGGGAGAUGGACACACGCUGUCAAAGGCAAAAUCGGGCCUUGGAUGAACCGCCAUCACGGGGAAACUAACUUCCAUCUAACCCAAGCCCUAAGCGGUCACGGUUGCUUCGCCGCAGAUCUAAAGAGAUUCGGAAAACUAGAAACAUCUGAAUGCUGA